AAAAGUUAUUUCAUUUGUCAGGUAUUCCCGUUACAACUGUGUGUAAAAAUUCAAAAUCACCAAUAAAUUAUAGAUAAUAAUCAACAACCAGAAGAUGCAGUAGAGACAAUAGAUGAUGAUGACCAUGAACUCAAUAAUAUCUUAAACAAUAAUGAACCUAAUGAUAUUGGAAGCCCUCUGUUGGAAAAUAUAGAUGAUCAAAUGGUAAACAUUCAACAAGAUGAAAGCGGCAACCAACAGGAUUGGAAUGAAGAAGAUUUUAUUAUUGAAGAGGAAUUAGAUCCUGAUAUAAUACGGAUGAUGGAAACUGACAACAGAAUAAGAAUGUUGGAAAUAGAAAAUAUACCAUUUGUUCAGGUUCCAUCUGUUCUUCCUCCAAUUACAAACUCUGAUCAAAUGUGUGUAGUUUGCACUGUUUCAGAAAAAACUCAUGCAUUCAUACCUUGUGGACACAUAGCUGUGUGUGGUGAUUGCCUAGUAUUAUUAGACCCGCAACGCUGUCCAUUAUGUAACCAGGAAUUUACAACAUUUUUAAGAAUUUGGUCAUAAUAAUUAUAUAUUAUAUAGAUAAUAAUAAUAAUAAUUUAUUUAAAUAAAAAGAGUAUGCCUUAUUAAAACAAUAAAAUUGUUAUUCAAUUGGUAUUAGGUAGUACUACCAAUACCACAUUUAUAAUGCCAAUUCUAUAUGCCUAAAUAGAUACUUCAAAUAACAUUAAUAUCGACUCUUAAAAACUUGAGGGGAAUGUCCAGACUGUACCCAGUGGGUUUUAUUUUAAAUAAAUAUAUAAAACAUUUUUUUAUUUGUUAUAUUUGAACUUUUUUAGCAAAUAUAACAUAUACCAGGCAUUUAAUUAUUUAAGUGUCUAAUAAGUGUUUGACCAAUUAAAAUUUGUUUUUAUAUAUCACUAAUAUUGGAUUUUUUAAGAACAUGCUGUCACACAUUGCUCCAUAUAUAGGUACUGUACAGUCAGGGUACAUAUAUAAAUAAAAUAUAAUGGAUUACAAUUUAUAAAAAUUAUGUAUUUUAUAAUGUAUACAACAAUAUUAUAUUACUAGAAUAU